CAAAAUGGAGUCUUGUGUGACGAGAGUACUGCUUCUGAUAGCUUUGGUUGGCUCAACUUGGGCCGACGAUGAACAGAACUUGGAAAUGCACUUCGAAGGUGUUGAAAUGGUGGACGGUUCGGAGCAGUACUUCCGGUACAACUACACGGUGGAAAAGAAAUCCGAGACUGCCUUCUCGAUGUCCGGUUUCAUCAGCCAGCUGAUUCUACUGGACAACGGGUACGGGAUACAGAUGAAGCUGAGUCGUGCCAAUUUGGACUCCCCGGAGCCGCUUGAGUACGAAGAACUGAUCGGUAUAGAAAAGCCCGUUUGCGAGUACCUAGGCUCGAUCUACCGGAUGUAUUUCUACGAUCAACUGAAGGACAUCAGCAACUUCCCGCACUACGAAACAUGCCCGCUGGAACCGAACGACUACUGGUUCAAGGACUACUCCUUCGACGGAGAAGAGUACAAAGCAUUCAUGAGGGACGGUCACUUCAAGAUGGAGGCUUAUCUGACCAAGGAAGAGAAAGUCGUUGCCGGAGUGGUUUCGAAGAUGCGCGUCGAACCGGCCUGAUGAUAAUGCACAAUGAGUAGA